AUGUCAUCGCGAGCGAUCCGUAAGCUGCAGAAGCUUCGUGAACAAGAACAGCAGCAAGAUUCCGAGCACCAAAAUGAGUCAAGUGAAGAUGAAGCCCCGCGCCCCGCGAAACCGAAGUUCAACGCCUUUGACCUAUUGAAUACUGGGGAUGAAGAUGAGGAUAGGGUGGAUGAGGAGGAAGAAGAAGAGGAGGAGGAGACAUCACAUGUGGACCAUCAAAUACGAUCCAGAGAGUCUGAGCCCACUUCAACAAAGCCGAAGAAGGGUAACAAAAAGAAGAAGAAGAAGAAGGCCGCCAAAGCGUCUGGACCAGCAGAUGCCCAGCCGAUGAAAUCAAACGACGUAGAGCUUGAUGAGAUUGAUAUAGCAUUGAAGGAGCUCUCUACCAGUGGGCACCCGUCUAACGGGGCAGGUCUCUCGACUACUGAACACAAUCGCAACGCCUCUUUCCCCCACACCACGAACGAACUACUGGGCGUCGAACCCAAAUUUCUCAAUGCAACGAAUGAGAUGCGUCGACUGUUUGGAAACGUUGUUCUAGAAAACUUCGAUCAAGCAGCGGACAACGGAGCUGGCCGCCGUCGGGAUCGCAAUCGACAGAUGAUCGACCUUGCGCAGGCCUUGUCGGGAAAAUACAGUCCAGCCAGCAGGGGUCAAAGUUUGGCGGGAGCGACGCAACGACGCAAUGUUCUUAUGCAGGGCAAAGAUGAAUGGCCUCGUGCCCCAAGUGGAGGUCUAGGUAUGGAGACCGUAGAAAAGCUUCCCUCAGGGGAAACUCUCUACCGGUUGGUGCAUAAUACAGCCUAUCAAGAUGUCCAAAGACAAUUUGACCUUUGCGUCGAAUCAAUGGAUCCACAGAGAAUGAUCGGGCACCUACAAUACAACCCAUAUCAUAUUUCUACCCUUCUUCAGGUGUCGGAGAUUGCCAAGCAUCAGGGCGAUCAUGCUGUGGCCGCGGAUUUGAUGGAAAGAGCACUUUUUAACGUGGGUCGUUCAGCUCACUCUUCGUUCGCCACUCGCCUCGGGGAAGGGCUCGCCAGAUUUGAUUUCAUACAUGCCGCGAAUCGAGAACUCUGGCUCGUCGGAUGGAGGUACAUUACCAACUUGACCAUGAAGGGCACAUGGAGAACCGCCUAUGAAUGGGCCAAGCUGUUGCUCAGUCUGGAUGACAACGAUCCUUAUUGCAUGAAGCUGCUCGUUGACCAUCUCGCUCUCCGAGGCAGGGAGUAUACACACUUUGUGCAGCUCUGCACCCAGACGCGUUUUAGUCGCGACUGGGCCAAUCUUCCGAACAUACAGUGCUCGCUGGUGAUGGCAUAUCUCCGGUUAAACAGGCCCCAAGAAAGCCGGCGACAACUGCAGCUCGCCAUGUCCCGCUACCCGUGGGUUUUCAGCAGGCUGGCACAGGAGCUCGAUAUCCAACAUGUAUCCAAAUCCAUCUGGGGCAAGAUGCCUCCCACCGUCUCCCAUCAACUGCUUACUGAACUCUACAUCGACCGUGCGAAGGACCUUUGGAACACCCCCGAGGCUAUUUCUCUCAUUAUGGAAGUGGCAGAUUCUCUCUCUGGCGAAGAGUCCACUGCAUCCCCAGAGAUCACUCUGGACGUCGCUCGACAUGUAGUAUUAUCUGAUAUCAAGGCUGCAAUUACCUGUCUGCCACCCCAAUUUGUGACUGGUCGACUGUCCUCCUCCGAUCCUCUUCCACCCUACGAGUCUGAAGCCUACCAGCAGCAGUCUGAACCACCCCCUGUUUAUGCAGCUCCUCUUGGAAGAGGUGAUGGUUGGAUGCAGGAUCUUCUCGCUCAAUUUAACCGCAACGACCCUGAUCCCAACAUUCCAGUCGAUGAGGAGGAGCCAGCUGAGUUUCAGGAUGAAUUUGAGCAAAGAGAGAACUUCGACAUCCCGCAAUCGCGUCCACCACUGAGAGACCCAGCGGCUCUUGAGGGAUGGCUGAUACGCGAGGGGUUGCAGACCCUUCGCAUCUUCUUCAGGCAGUAUGGAGUCGACCGGGGUAACUGGAGCGAAGUGGCCGAAGACCUCGAACCUUUCACGAACUAUCUGGAUGCAUUGGAACGCCUUCCAGAGACAACACGUCAACGAUUGCUCCACGGGCCCAUCAGGGCCUCUCUGGGUGACCUUGCGGUCAGCAUGAUUGAAGAGGAGUAA